CUGAUUGGUUGUUCUGUCAUCAAAAGCCAAUCGGAUGUGAGCCAUACGUCAACAACCACCGAUAAUGAAGAUAAGGGAGAUUAUCUUGUUCGUGUCGCCUAACCUUGGGUCGUUGGGUGAUUAUUUGGAUGGCGUUGGAUUAUGAAAUCUCUUUGUUUGAAAGGAUUGUUUUAAAAAAAAUUAAUUUGACAUGAAUUCUCCACUAUGGAUGAAAGAAAUGUAGGAUGAAGUUAAUUUUGAGAUCAAAACAGUGAAUGUAAUGGGCGCCGAUGGAAGCAAGAGCAGUAAGAAUCCAGCACAGCAUAAGGAGGAAGGUCACUACUCAUCUGGAUGGCGUGGAUUUCUAUCCAGUUUGGGUGUCUCUGUUCCUUCAGGGUUGCACAUCAGGUCACGGCGGAUGAUUCAGCACAAGCGGACGUCUGUCCCAGAGUGUGUGCCGUCUUCAGUGCCUGGCCCUGAGAAACUGCACACGGAGUGGAGCCUUCCCAAUUUUAUCAACAUGUUCUUACCCGAGUUUCCUCACCGCAACGUCCCUGGACUCGAGGACUUCCAGAUCCUGGGUUACGUUGCCAAAGGAUCAUUUGGACCCAUCUUGAAGGUGAAGGACAAGUCAAAACAAAAGACUUAUGCAGUAAAGGUCAUCCCGAAGUCUGAGAUUCUUCGUCUGGGUGUGCUGGACCAGUCUAAGGAAGAAGUGAUAGUCCAGCGUCAGGUCUGCCACCCUUUCGUCCACGACCUGCAGGACUGUUGGCAGACCCAGCACCACCUCUAUAUUAUGUGUGACUACUGCAGUACAGGAGAUUUAUACACCUACUGGGAGAUGAUCGGUCAGUUUGGAGAGGAUGCGGUUAAGGUGUUUGCUGCUGAACUCGGCUCUGCUCUAGGGUUUCUUCAUGAUUUUGGAAUCAUCCACCGUGAUGUUAAGAUGGAGAAUGUUCUUUUAUCAGAUCAGGGGCAUUUACGCCUGGCUGAUUUCGGUUUGUCCCGGAGGCUUGAAUGUGGAGGAAGGGCAUUCACUAUCUGCGGGACAAUUCAGUACAUGGCUCCUGAAGUGCUGAGCGGAGGUCCGUACAGCCACGCUGCUGAUUGGUGGUCACUUGGGAUCCUACUCUACGCAAUGGCUACUGGCAAGUUCCCUGUACCUCCAGAGUCAGAUCACUGUUGCAUGCUGAGGAAGGUGCGCUUCUUCCCCUACGAGAUGCCCAGAAGCUUCUCUCCUCCGUUUGCCCUUCUGCUAACUGAGCUCCUGUGUAAGACCCCAACACGUCGCCUGCGAACGCUGGAGCGCUUCAAGCGCCAAACCUUUUUCCGCGGCACUCCGUUCGACUCGCAGCUGUUACAGAAAUGCCCCAUGGACCUGAUCCUGGAACUGAAGAAGCGGCCAGAUCGUCCUGCCAAAGCCUGCCGAGGCGUCACGCUCGAACCGUUUCCCGAUUUCGAUUUCCUCGGAGAUUCAACCUCCACCUCUGCUCGAGAAACCCUAGUGGCGGCCCUUGACGAAGAGCAAGUAUCUCAGGGCAACGUUACAGAGUGCAGUUUUGUAGCAAGAUGCUAAUUGAAUGUUGUUAGCUUGAUAUGUGUGACAUAGGAUUGUUCAAAUUGUGUAUAUUCUAGAAUUUCCAUAAUUUGUCAUUUCACUGUGAGAAAUUCUUG